AUGUAUUUAUUAUGCAAAUUUUCUUUUAAAAAUUCUAACAUGUUACUCUAGUGACACGUUUAGUGACAAAUUUUGCAAAAAAAUAUAAUACAAAAUCUUUAUAUACAUAUAUAUUGAGAUAAAAUUAUAUCCUUUGAAGAAGUAAUCACAAGAGUGUACAGAAUCAUUGAUCCUUGUUGAGGUUAGGAGAUUAGAGUCCAAUCGCAAUCUAAUCUGAUACACCAUCGUUGAUAGACAACGAAGCUGUAGAAUAGCAUUAAAUCUGGAUGGGUCACGCAACGAAGGAAUUAUCAGUUAGCGGUCUUGCUUUUGCGAACUACCGGGAAUGUGAUUCCAAAGGGAUGUAUGUAUGUAAUGUAUGUAUACCAUGCGCAGCUGUUACUUUAGGGUAAGAGGGGUUAGGAAAGCAGGGACUUCAGGGACGUAUACAGUUUCUUGCAGUCCCUCUAAAAAGAAUUACAAGAACACAAAAGGAUUUCCAACAAAUUCUGAUUCUCAUAUAAAUAUUCAAAUUAAAUUAAAUUUAAGAAAUAUGCAAACUUUAAGAAAAACAUAGUAGGAAAAGGUGAUUUUCCAAUUUUUUCUAGACUCCAUUUUUUUUAUUUAUCUUGAUGAAAAUAUGAAUUUGUAUAAAUAUCCUACUUAUAAAUAAAAUCGUACCUUUUAUAAACUUUAAGGUCUAGGAAGCCCCUGUCAUCAAAAGUACUGAAGAAUAGAAUUCUAUAUAACUCUCAUCUAAAUGUCAUCUAAAUUUUUAUAUAUAUAUUAUUAUCUACAAUAAAAAAUACAUAAUGGAUUUACACGAUAUUCGUUUACUUACAUCUAGUCUAUAUUUACUUCAUUUAUUGCCAAAUCUCUGCACAUCAAUCUCUGCUUUGUGAAACACGUAACGAAAACAAUCGUUUAAACUUGUGAAUGAUUCAAUUUGAAAAAGGAGAUGCCAAUAGCCAAUCACAAAUUACUACGUAAAUCUACAUGAACCGUUUCUUGGCAGAAGUCUGUUAUUCCGACAUCCGACCGUUCUUGAUUUCGAGAAUCGAAAUCACGCGUAAUUCACCAAUUACAUACUGCGUUAUAAAUCAGCCAACCUCAUCACGAAAUCUUAUUCGACAUCCCCAUAAAUUUUCGAUUUAACCUUUAACAAAAAUUUGUAAUACAUUCCACUUCCUCGUGAUUCCCUUAUUAAACAUUAGAAAAUGACAGAAAAAUUAAAGAACCCGUGGCACCCAGAAGAAGCUCGUCCCUGACAACGUUCUAUGACUGGCGGUGGGGGUAAAGAGGGGCUGGCUUGUACCGGCGGCGCCUGCAGUGACCGGCUGGUGUUUGUGAGCACCCGGGUGUCAAAAACGUGGGUACGGAGAUUCUCGGUGGCACGCGUUUGUAUCUCGAUCCCUGACUCUGCUCUUCUCCUGGGCCGUCUGCCUCUAGCAAGAUCAGGGGACAGAUCGGUGUCGUAGUGUGACAGCGAUCGACUGGCUACGAUACUGCUACACGAGCAACCCUUGCGCUCUUUUUUUCCAAGGCUCACGCGGUUUUCCAUGUCAACGACACGCGCGCUCCUGCCAAGGCCAGCGUGCUACGCCCCGCACAGAGUAGGCUCCGUCGUCUUCGUCGUCAUCGUCGUCGCCGCUGCUGCUGCCGCCGUCAAUCGACAGCUCCACGUAAUUCUGCCCGUCCUCGACGGCCUGCUGCUGUCUGCUGCGCUGCGUCAGUGGUUAGACUUCUUUAGUUCAUCGUUGUGGUCGCCGUCCCGGUGGUGGUUAGCUUGGAAAAAGGCCGGCGAACUAGCGAGUUUCUGUACGCUUAUCACCAGGGUGAAGAAAAGGAGACACUGCAGCGUCGCUCACGCCAGCCUGAGAUGAGCGACCAUGGCUGCAUACACUUGAAUAAUUUCAAAGCAGCCAAGGGUAUCCAGCCAUACAAAGUGAUACACUCCUAUUUUGUGACCAGCACGUCGACCGAGGCACGCGUAAGAAAGGCUGUUAGUUGUUUAUGUCACACAUGUAAGACAUAUAAAGAUCGCCUACAUUCUUGUCUUCAUUGUAUAUUCUUUGGCUGCUAUGUAAAAGGUCAUAUACAAGAACAUGCAAAGACAAAAAAGCAUUUUUUAGCUGUUGAUCUUUGUUAUGGAAAUAUCUUGUGCUUCCAAUGUGGGGAUUAUGUAUAUGAUAGGGAGCUAUUAGCAGUUGCUAAAGCACAGUGGAGUGAAUCUGCAAAGUCAUUGAGCUUUGGAGAAUUUUAUAGAUCAUGGGAACCAACACAGAUAGAGGCAGAAUUAUUGAGAAAACAUCCACGCAGAAGGCGCGUGGUCGAAAAUUCUACCAUAGGUUUAAGAGGACUUAUAAAUCUUGGAAGUACAUGUUUCAUGAACUGCAUAGUACAAGCUCUCAUACACACACCACUAUUGAGAGAUUACUUUCUUGCUGACCGACAUCACUGUCCACAGCCAACACGUUGCCUGGUCUGUGAAGUAUCCCAUCUUUUUCAGGAAUUUUACUCGGGUAGCAAAGCACCACUGACGCUUCAUAAGCUUCUCCAUUUGAUCUGGACACAUGCUAGACAUUUAGCAGGUUAUGAACAGCAGGAUGCCCAUGAAUUCUUUAUAGCCACGCUCGAUGUUCUACAUAGGCAUUGUGAAGCAGCACCCAUCUUAGUAAAAGAUAAUCCACAUCACUGUAACUGUAUCAUUGAUCAAAUCUUUACUGGUGGACUUCAGAGUGAUGUGGUUUGUCAGGCGUGCAAUGGAGUGUCUACUACGAUAGAUCCAUUCUGGGACAUAUCUUUGGAUUUGGGUCCAGCAGCUAGCGCAUCAGGUUCCGAUAGUUCUGGUCCUCCUACCUCGUUAUUAGAUUGUUUGGAAAGAUUCACGCGGGCCGAACACUUGGGAUCUAGCGCAAAAAUAAAGUGUAGCAAUUGUCAGACGUAUCAAGAGAGUACCAAGCAAUUGACUAUGAAGCAACUUCCUAUCGUGGCCAGCUUUCAUUUAAAAAGAUUCGAGCACUCUAGUAUACAGGACAAGAAGAUCUGUACGUUCAUCUCGUUUCCAGAACAAUUAGAUAUGACUCCAUUCAUGUCGCAUAGACGGAACGGCAACAAUAACAGUGCAAUGAUAGAUGGUCUGCCAAAGAAUGGGGAAGAUAUGGCGUUCAGCGACAAUAGAUAUUCUCUAUUCGCGGUAAUAAAUCAUGAAGGAUCUUUGGAGACUGGACAUUACACUGCCUUCAUACGGCAGCAGAGAGAUCAAUGGUUUAAAUGUGAUGAUCAUUUGAUCACAAGGGCAAGGUUAAAAGACGUCUUGACUAGCGAAGGGUAUCUUCUUUUUUAUCAUAAACAAAUUUUGGAGUAUGGUCGAAACACCAAGGUGUAAAACUUUAGAUUAUAUAAUUAAUUUAUUUAUCACGAUGAAUUACGAGAAAUAGAUUUAAGUUUUCUUUAGCAUUUUAAAAAAGGGAACUUUAUGAGCAGCUUAUUCCCUUCUGGAAACUGCUUCAUGUGUCCGAUUCACGCGAACUCGCUUGUCGGUCGAGUGUGCAUAAUCUAUGCAACAGGAAAUAAGAAUAGUGAAACAAAGGCCUCAAAAAUGGAAUUUCGAACUUUCGUUUGAAGUGAUGCCGUUAGAAAGUGGUUAUGAAUGGAGAUACUUUCAAUGAAAUUAGAGAAGAGAAUUUUGACGAAUGAUUAUAUUAUUAUGUUUUGGUCGCAUGAUUGAAAAAUCAAGAAUAAACUAGAAACUAAUCACUGUUAAAGAAAUAGUCAAGAUCGGCGGGAUGUCGCUCUGUUAGCAUAGAUAUUUUUUAUGUUAAUCUUUAAUUAUCAACUUUCGAAAUGCGAAAAAUGUAAAAGAAUUGUGUUCGUUCUAUUAUGUUCUAUUUUCUCUUUCUACCGUUGUCUUAGUUGUGUUUGACGAAAUCUAGGCUAGCGCACACGGUGAUCGAUUUCUCUAUUCGUGUCCUAAAGUAACAUAAGUGUAAUUUUAAGAUUAGCUCAAUUUUUUUAAACGACCGAUCGCAUUUUUGUAUAUCGCUGACUGUUAUUAUAUUCCUGUCCUGACACUUGUAUACAUGAGAUACCAAGGAUGGGUCACACGAUUCGAGAGUAUUCUAAUUAAUAAGUUUGAUCUUUAGUAAAGAUUAAAUUAAGAAGCCACCAUUUUAUUCACAUGAUUCCUCGUGUAAGUCAUCCCUUGGUGAUUCAAUUUUGUACAAACGAAAUAACAUAUAACAAGAAAGAGGGAUAAUAUUAUCCAUAUACAAGCGAAUUAUUUCGCACGACUGUAUAAUAAAACAAAAAUCACUAUUUGACAAAUUUCUUUCUGAUUGGCCGUUUUUCUUUUUCUUAAGAACAAAACAUAGACUAAUUUAGAACUUAAUGAAUUUCGAGCGAAAGAAAGAAACUGUUAAAAAGAAUCGUGCAUAGAGCUUUCAAUAAUAUUAUGUUAAUUUCCUGUAUGACAGACCCUGCAAAAAGUGCCAAGUGUUCAUUGCACUUGUAGUUCAUAAUUGCGUGCUUAUAGUUGUAGUAGUUCCCUAUUUUGUGAUGGAUUUCUAUUAUUGUGUUCAUUAAUGAAAUGUUUGAUAAUAUUUCCACAAACACACGUAAACUAGAAUAACUAUUGAUGACAAUGUCCGAACAGCAUCCGUGGGACAAGAUCGUAGACAUAUGCAUAUUGUAUUGUGUCGAUCUAAUAACGAUGUUUUACUGAAGAACAAUUUACCUAUAUGUAUGUACGUAACAAGAAUAUACGAUGUUCUGUUGAAUUGUUAAGUCCGUAAAAGAGGUUUCAAUGUGUAAUUAAGUACGAAAACAACAAAAUGCUUAACUUUAUUUAAUAAACUACGAGGGGUAUGUAUGAAGAAAAAUGUCGUAAAAUUACAUCGUUGUAUGCGUCGUAAUAACUGCACUUGGGCGUCAACUCUCAUGAUGUAUCAUGACCAAUAGUACUAUACGUUUGGAAGUUCAUAUUGCGCGUGCAGUUCUAACAUUUUGUAUAAGGCUGAAUUAAAUGUAUACAGAAAUAAAGAUAUAUUUCGUCGAAAA